AUAAUUUUCCAUAAAUGACGUGGUGCUUUAUCAUGCGCGGAAUGCACUUAAAGGCAUGGUACGUCCUCAGAGUUUAAAGAUUUGUCAAUUCCAAAUCAACACGGGCUUCAUACCGGAACAAGAAACAUUGAUAACAUUUUCCUCGAAUGAUCUCGAUGAUUUACCGGAUGCCGAUCAGGUUCCUCAUGACUUUUAGGUUUCGCUGUCGUUGAGUUUCACGGAUAACGAAUUUCCGCCGAGUAGGAAUCCUCCUUGGUUACCAGCAAAGCCCAUAAGAAACGCACAACAUAUAUUUAGUUCGCAAUUAGAAUUCGAGGAAAUGGUGGAUAAUUUCGUGACAAAACCUAGUUCGAUCAACAAACCUACGCCUGUUAGGUCAGCUGCUUCCGUAGAUAACGCCUAUUUUACCAGAUGCUACCGAAAUAAAGCAAGAGGAUGUACCUCGAAUCCAACCUCAACCAUCACCACCAAUAGACAUGCUCAAUUUAAACCAGCCCCAACCCCAGCUGCCGGUGCAAGAUCCACAAGCCACAACGAGUGACGCUAGUUUCGAUUUGCUUGGAGCAUUCGGGGAUGAUAAUUCAUCUGGCAUUGGCUCGGCUCCAAUACCUGAUAUUUUAGAAAUUAAUGUACAACCAACUUCAAAUGCCAACCUUGAUGAUAUCUUCGGCUCAGUUGCUUCAUCGGCGCCGAAAAUCAACCUGGAGUUUAAUAGUUUUUCUGUAAACCAGCCGACACCAACUAGUGCAAACCAACCUGGUGUAUUGGUGUGUGUCGCGUCAGUCUCAGCAAAAUAGUCUUGCAUCAACAACCAGAGCUCAGUACGUCAUAGUUAUUUUUCUUCUCUGUUUUUGGAAGCUAGUGCAAUGAGGUAUAGUUUUAAUAAACAUUUAUUCGAUUUGAAAUUUUUACUACUAUAGUCUUUAUUUUGCAGUAUAUUAUAUACAUAUAUUUGCAGUAUAUUAUAUUUUCAUUGAUCCGCUUAGUUAAGUUUAACUAUAACGAAGCAAAAUGAUGUGUAAAACCAAGUAAUUGCUUUUAAAUCUAAGUAAAAAAAUAUACAAUUUAAAUGACAAUUAUUAAAAAGAUACAUGCAUACAUAUAUACGUUAAGAACAUAAAUAUAUAUAGGAUAUAAAAUUUUAAUCUCUUUGUCAACUUAAUUGCGGCCCUGAAAAGGGCCUCUUGUUGAUUGGUAUAUAUGUAUUUAUCUAAGCAUAAAAUUUUAAUCUCUUUGUUAAUUAAUUGGCGGCCCUGAAAAGGGCCUUUGGAUAAAUCAUAUUACUUGCCUGCAAAUAAAUAAGUUUAUAUUUGUAUAAAA